GGGUUUAACAUAGAGCUACAUUUCCUGAGCUAACAACAGUCGCCUCGGCUCUGACAGAUAACCUCAACCCACCUUUAAACGCGCACAUUGUACCAGGAUAACGGUAUCAAACUGGGCAGAAAUGCCUUUCGGGAGACGUCCAGUUCGUUGAUGUAGGUCGUUGUUUAUGUCAGUGAACAACAGCCUCAGAUAAAGACACAGCUACUGGCUGCUAACUCCUCCAGCUAGCUCAGGAGCUACAUCGCUAGCUAGCGUCAGACAGCUCUCUAACGGAUAAGAGGUGACGUUAGGCUCACUAACAGGCUGUAGGUGAGAGGCAGCUCCACUGACUGCUGUUCAACAACAACACUGACAAAGAAGAGAGGGGAUGGUGCAGCCCCAACCUGAUGGCCCAAUGCAGUGGGACAUGUCAGGAGAAGAGAGUGGCGGGACCCUCAGGGUCCCACCAGAGCUGGCCUCCAAUGAAGUGGUGACCAGGUUGCUGGGUGACAACCAACAGCUUAGAGAGGCCUUGCGGCAGAGCAACCUAGCUUUACGUCAGCGCUGUGAGGAGAUGGAGGGAUGGCAGCAGAGGACGAGAGAGGAACGGGAAUUUCUCAGCUGUCGAUUCCAGGAGGCCAGGGCGCUGGUUGAGAGGCUGGCCCAGGAAAACCACUCCUUACAGAGCUUGGUGAACGGACCAGCAUCUAACCUGUCCUCUAACAAUUGCUGCAACUCCAGCCAGACUGAAGAACUGCAGGGGCGCCCAGCGAGGAACAGACCACUGGAUGGACCACAGACGCUAGAUCAGCGGGAGAAGAAGAGAGUUGAAGAGACGGAUCAACACACGCAGACCACGCCACCUCGCAGCCUGGGAGAUGCGAGUGUGCGCACCUCCUUGAGUAGCGCCCUCCCCUCUCCCUCCACCUCACUUUCAGAGGUAUGGGGGGAGAUAGUGGGCAGGGAAAAUGGCCAGCCUCUAGAAGGUGCAAAUGAGUUCCUCCAGUUGCUGAAGAGUCACAAAGAUAAACUGGAGGAAGGGAUGAGAGAGCUGAGGAGGAAGAAUGAAGAGAUGGAGAGGGAGAGGGACGAGGCUGAGAAAGAGAGAGGGCGAAUGCGGCGCUGCAUUGACCAGCUGCAAGCCAAACUGGCACAGGCGAGCAGUGUUACCGAGGAGGUUGUUCAACAUCGCUCUGAGGCACAGCACUCCUCUGACAGCUCUAGCCUGGCUAAACUCACAGAGCAGCUUCAGGCCACACAGGGCAGGUAUCGUGAUUUGGAAGAGAAGCUUGAUUACCUGCAGAAGACUUCAGCUCAGCGAGACAGAACUGAAGCUCUGCUCAAACAGAAGGACAAGGACUGUGCUCAGCUGGCCAAGGACUGCGAGGCUCUGAAAGCUCAAGUAACUUCCCUGUUAGGAGAACUGAACGAGAGACAGAGCUGCCUGGACAAAAGCGAGCAUGAACGCAAAAUGUUGGAAGAGAAGCUGUGCAGUAAGAUGAAGGCCCUACAGGUGGCAGAGCGGGAGCUGGAGCAGCAGAGGAAGCAGCAUCAUGUGGCCAUGGACAAGCUGCUGCUGCAGACCCAGAGCCUGGAGCAGGCCCUGAAGACAGAGAGACAUGUCGUCACAGAGGAGAAGAAAAAACUGACACAAUUGCAGCAUGCCUACACAUGUCUUUUUAGAGACUAUGACUCUAAGCUGAAGAACGAGGGAGGAGAUCUAUGCAGCCGACUAGAGGAGGCAGAGAGAGCGCUAGCCCUGAAGCAGGAUCUGAUUGAUAAACUGAAGGAGGAGGUGGAGCAACAGAAAGGCUCCCUGGAGACUGUUCCCGUCCUCACUGCACAGGCUGAGAUCUACAAGGCAGAUUUCCUAGCAGAACGAGAAGCGAGAGAGAAGCUGAACCAGAAGAAAGAGGAGCUGCAGGAUCAGCUGACUCAGGCCCUGACUGAGAUUGACAGGCUCAAACAGGAAGCCGCAUCACGUUCACGUAUGGAGCAAAUGAAGCUGAGACACCAGGAAGACUUUCCAACACGGGCCCCACAAAUUCCCCCUCCACAAGCUUUCAACACGGUGCCCCCUGCCCCCUCGUUCCGAAAUAAGGGGUUGGUACUAGUCGGAGAUCAAGGGGCAGGCGGAGCUGACGAGCUGCCAGAUUUAUGUUGUCCUAAGUGCCAGUACCAGGCUCCAGAUAUGGACACGCUGCAGAUACAUGUCAUGGACUGUAUACAGUAACAUGAGCAUAGUUCAGCACACCAUGACGCCAACACACACACACACACACAGAUAUAAUUACAGUAUAUUUACGUUUUUGACGUGUCUACUCUCUGGGCACAUCCUGGAAAAACAUGUUUGGUAGUUGCACCUUACUCUCUCUGCCAUGUAAACACACAUACACAAACCUGAAUACAUACUGUGGAUCUUACCAUUUAAAAAAUCGAAUAUGUUGGAAUCAAGACAAGUUGCAAUCAGAUGACAGUAUGAACAAGUGAAAGAUAAUGAAUGACAGCAAGAUAAUCAGCAUGUUAUGUUCCCACGAAGUGUUCCAUGGAUUCAAAUUCUGCUGUAGCUUUUCCAUUCCGCAGCUCAUCCUUUUUCUCUUCUUUCUUUUUUUCUCCUGGCACCUGUUCUUUUAUUUUCCUCUCUUUCCCCUCCCCAUGCCUUGCCAUUUAGAUGGCACACUGAUGCACUGUCCAUCAGUAUGUUUAUGAUCCCUGAUAUCUCGUCCCUCAUCAACUGAGGAGGUAACUACAUACUGUGGAAUAAGUGUGUUUGACUGCAUCAUCCAUGAUAUAAACGUUAAUAAUCAUUGGACAUAAGGUGGAAAAAGUGGCAAUUCAGAGGGGUACUUUUCCCCUCAAAGGAGAAAACACAUGACAAUGUGAAUAACCUAGUGAGCUUUAAAUAUUAUAGAAUAUUCAAAUAUGUUUUGGUCAUAAAUGUUGCUGUCUACAUUACCUCAAAACAUGUAUUAUUAUGUAUUAGAGAUGGAUUUACUCUUAUUGAAAAAAAGUAGCCAUUCUCUGUGUUCUGUGCCUGUGUACACCUUUGACUGCACCACUGCUUUAUCUCUGAUGCUAGACCUGACCCUUAACCCAACAUAGCUCUGUUUGUGCCCUUUCUGCUGUCUUAUCUUUACCUGUGGCACCUAGCUAUUUAUCUAUCCGGAGGUAAGCACAUUGAGGGUCCUUCACAGUUUGUGUGAAUAUUGUCUGUAGAUCAUUUUGGUGCAAAUAAUAUUGUUUCAAACUGUCGAAGAUUUAAUAAAUAAAUCAGUUAUUCAUUAA